ACGGGAGAGCGUUAAGGGUUAAAGCGCGCUGCAUGGAGUCUGUAGGGCGGAGUGGAGAGGAUGUGAUUGGAGCGCUACACAUGAUGUCAUGUACAUGAAAAAGCCAAGAAGUAGUUAAGAAGGCGGUUUGUAACUCUGGAAAGAGUGGGUGAACCUCUGAGGCGCAGAGAGCAGACGCACGCGGGUGUUAUUUUGGGCUGACAACACACAGCAACAGCACCAUGGUGCAGCAAACGGACAACAGCGAAACAGACAGCAUGUCCAGAGAAGCCACCGACUCCGACGAAAGUGAAUUCAUGGUUUCGAUAAACCCAGACUGGUGCAAGACAGCGACCGGACACAUAAAGCGACCGAUGAACGCGUUUAUGGUGUGGUCUAAAAUCGAGCGGAGAAAGAUCAUGGAACAGUCUCCAGACAUGCACAACGCCGAGAUCUCCAAACGCUUGGGGAAGCGCUGGAAAAUGCUGAAGGACAGCGAAAAGAUACCUUUCAUCAGGGAAGCCGAAAGACUCCGGUUGAAACACAUGGCUGAUUAUCCUGACUACAAAUACAGACCCAAGAAGAAACCAAAGCUGGACAGUUCCUCCAAACCUUCAGCGCCAUCUCCAGAGAAGUCCUGCAACAAAAUGUCCAAGAACUCCAAGAAAUGUCCCAAACUGAAAGCGAACAAGACGGGACGCAAGUCGUCUCACGGCUACGGAGAUGAGUACGCGUUUAAGAGCAUGAAAGUUUCAAAGACUGUCAUUAAAUGUGAAUUCACGGAUGAAGACGACGACGACGACUCCGAGGAGGACUCCUCUCGAGUCCAGGUGAAGGAGGAGGAAGAGGAUCCGAUCCAAGCCUACAAUGUAGCAAAAGUUCCCGCCAGCCCAACUUUGAGCUCGUCUACAGAGUCCGAGGGCGCCAGCAUGUACGAGGAGGUCCGGAACAACAGACUCUUCUACAAUUUCAAAAACAUCACCAAGCAGAGCACAAUGUAUCCAGCAUCCGUAUCACCAGCAUCCUCUAGGUCAGUUUCCACUUCUUCCAGCUCGAGCGAAGACGCGGACGACUUGCUUUUUGACUUCAGUUUGAACUUCGCCUCCUCCGCGCAAAGCUCGGAGCUGGGCAACCAAAACCCAGGGAAUCUCUCCCUUUCUCUGGUGGAUAAGGAGUUGGAAUCUUUUAGUGAGGGCAGCCUGGCUCCCACUUUGAAUUUCCAGACUAUUGCACGCCUGAGCUCAGCGAAAUGAUAGCUGGGGACUGGCUCGAAGCGAACUUUUCUGACCUGGUUUUUACAUACUAAAUAAGACAAGUAAUAACAUAAGGGAGAGGUAUAAUGCUCUGUUCUGUACGUAAUUCUUUCCUCUGCCUUCUUCUGGUGGUCCACACAUAGGGGCUUUGCGAAGGAGGCAAGUAUGGCAAGCCGUUUUAACAUUUAUUUCUUCAAACUAAAUAGUGUCUGUGCUUGUGUUAGCAGUAUCAUUGUUUUUUGUUUGUUUGUUUGUUUUUUUAAUUACUGGAAAGUAUUCCAAAUGUGACUAUUCUAUUUACUUUAUAGUACUACAGUGCUACUUCUCACUAUUGCAGUAGCCUACUUACAUUUCUUACCUCACUUGUUACACUAGUUUACUUGUCAUAUGUAAAGACUAGUCAGAAUAGCUUAUUAAUAGUGCAAUUCAAAACGCUACAAGUAACCACUUUUCAGUUAAUGUGGAAAAAAAAUAACCUGGAAUAAUAACCUAAUAAUAAUAAUAUGUAAUAAUAACAAUAAUAAUAAUAAUAAUAAUAAUAAUAAUAAUAUAAUAUAUAUAUAUAUAUAUAUAUAUAUAUAUAUAUAUAUAUAUAUAUAUACCUAAUGAAUACAACAACAAUUGGAAUGCAUGUAAAAAAAAGUAGCAAAGGAAUAUGUAUUAGUAUGCAAGGAAUAAGUACCAGUAUUUAAUGAAAUAGUAGUGAAAUUGAAUAAGAUACUAGUUACUAUUGUAUUAUUUGCUAGUAAUUGAAAAAAAAAAAAAUCUUAGUAGCAAAAAAAUAGAUACUAAUUAGUUUGAAGGAACAAAUGUUAAAAUGGUUUGCCAUAGGAGGGGAGAGGUUUGGGGAAUUAGAUGCUCAUGAAGCUGGGUACUGUAGCAAAAAAGAAAAAAAGUCUGCAGACCUUUUUUUUCUGGCAGCAUGACAGGGUUUUAUGGAUUUUUUCUGUAGGUCUACAAUUACUGUUCAACUAAAGCGGACCACAAAGGGAAAAUCUGAGAACUUCUAUGCAUCUUAUACCCUCUUUCUAACUGCAGGGAGCUGAAAAUGUAAAGACUGUGGACUGACUCAAAGCAAAUCUGUGAACUAUUACUGUUCAGGACGUUUCUUUCAAACGUUGUUUAGUCAUUUCUAAAUGCCGGAACUUUUUUUUCUCUUUUCUUUUCUUUUCUUUUUGGAACCGAUUCUGUUUACCUACUGGUUUGAAACUUAAGCAGCCUAAACCUCCUUAGAGUUGCAGGUGUUAGAGGAAGCAUUUUGAUACAUAACAGACCUCAUCUUUUUAAAAGAAAGCAAACUAUUUUCAGGCAUAUUUUUGUACAGUUAAUAAGGGAAUGUUCUUACUGGGCACUCAGUGAGUUUCAGGCACUUCUUCCCUUUAUCAUUUGUUUUAAGCAUGCAAGGGAGUCCUGGUUUAAGGAUUAAGUUUAAAUUAAAACUUGCAUCAAAAUGCCUUGUGAUUUUAAGCUAGGUUUUGUACAGCUGUAGAUCAAAUUUGUUGAGUAUUUGUAGAACAUAUGGCAUUGGGGAGGUGGGGGGAUGCAUACCUCAGUGCUGGUAUUAGUUUCAAGAUUGUAUAUGUACUGUAAAAUAGUAAAGUUAGGAGUUUAUGUAUAUCAUACUCGUGAUAUGUGGAUGGGUCCCAAAUCGCAGGUGUGAGACUGGAUUUUUUUUCUUUCUAAUGGCACAUACUGUUUCCCCUUCAUUUUUUGUGCAAUAUAUUUACUUGUAAAUGCAGACCAUCUACAUGUUUUUUUUUCUUUUUUUCUUUUUUUUUUUUUUUUUUUUUUUUUUCAUUUUUUGCAUUUUUUGUAGCAAAAUGAUGGAGAGGCAGACUUUUGCUCUGUCAACAUCAUUAUUGGUCAUGAUGCUGAAGUCAUUAAUGAAUAAAGAAAUCAGCUGGAACUGAUCGUAACUGAAUAUGGUCACACAGUGUGCUUUUCUGUGGAGAAAAACCCCACCAUUUCUCUUUAAACUGACCCACAAAAAUUGGACAACUCAUGUCCUGCAACCAAUUUGAAAAUGACUCAUUUUUGAAAAUGUGCCAUAAUGGGCAAAUAAUGAAUGUCGGUGGUCCGGCUGAUGAAAUACCAAGAAAGCAAAAAAGGUACAUUCCAUAUCCUCGUUUCAUAUGAUGAAACAUUUUAUUUUCAACUUAAGACUGCCGUCUUUUCUAUUAAAAACAUCAACAACGACAACCAUAAACAUGUAUUUUUUCUUUCUUGCACUUAAACAUAUUUUGUUUAUUUUUAUGUGGGUCUUACAUGAAGUCUGUUUUGAUACAAGGUUUGGAAUAUGAUGGAUUCUUUGCCAGGGAAAAAUGGUGACAUACAAGGCAGUCUAGCCUCACAUUCCAAAUGUGAACCUCUCUUUGACUCAUCUUUUAAUAAACAAAUACUUACCACCA